AUCCGGUAUCCACUUGCGCUGACUUGACGUGGCAGGAUCAACCUGUUGCGGAUCUGGAGGAGGAAAAGAAGUGGAAAUGGAGCCUCAGAAGAAGCUGAUCAACUCGGUGGACGGCUGCGUGGAUGAGGCUCUCUGCGGCCUCGCCAGGACCUCCGGGGGCCUGUCCUUGCUCAAGGGCCACCGGGUGAUGGUUCGCUCAGACCUGGACAACCUGAGGGGCAAAGUGGGGCUGGUGUCCGGAGGGGGGUCAGGACACGAGCCGGCACACGCAGGUUACAUCGGUGCUGGCAUGCUGUCUGCAGCCGUUGCAGGGGGGGUAUUUGCAUCGCCGCCUCCAACCAGCAUCCUCGCUGCCAUUCUGAGCCUGCACCAUGCAGGCGCCGCCGGGGUCCUUCUGAUUGUGAAGAACUACACUGGGGACCGCCUCAACUUCGGCCUGGCGGCGGAGCAGGCCCGUAACCAGGGCGUGGCCGUCGACAUGGUGAUCGUUGCCGAGGACUGUGCCUUCGACCAACCCAGCAAGGCCGGCCGGAGAGGACUGUGUGGCACCGUCCUCAUACACAAGCUAGCAGGCGCUUUGGCAGAAGAAGGCUGCUCAUUGGACCAGAUUGUUUCCACAGUGACGGAGGCGUUGAAGGGAAUCGGUACGCUGGGGGUGAGUCUGUCUCCAUGCAGCGUCCCAGGCUGCCUGCCCUCGUUUGACCUCCCACCUGGGGACAUGGAGCUGGGACUGGGAAUCCACGGUGAACCCGGAAUCAGGAGGUCAAAGGUAACAUCUGCAGAUGACGUGGUAGAGACCAUGAUGGAUCAUAUGACAAACCCGCAGAGCCAGUCGCACCUGCCGCUGACAUCAGGCAGCAGCGUUGUUUUGUGCGUGAACAACCUCGGAGCUCUGUCGUGUCUGGAGAUGGCCGUGGUCGCUAAAGCGGCCGUCCUCUCCCUCGAGAGCCGUGGAGUGGUGGUUGCCCGGGUGAUGUCUGGGUCGUUCAUGACGUCGCUGGAGAUGGCAGGAAUGUCGCUGACGGUGAUGAGGGCAAACCCAGAGAUACUCAGACUGUUUGAUGCUAAGACGAGCGCCCCCGCCUGGCCGAACCUCAGCAGCGCGUGUGUUAGCGGACGCAGCUACAUCACAGAGCCUCCGGUCAUGAGGGCGCGUCCACAGGACGACGUGCACUCCGAAGGACCCCUGAGUCCUGUGCUGCGCAAAGUGUUGGACCAGAUUUGCUCCACCCUGCUGUCAAAGCAGGAGGAACUAAACUCCCUGGACCGCGCCUCUGGGGACGGAGACUGCGGUAACACUCACGCACAAGCGGCCAGAGCCAUUCAGGGGUGGCUCCAGGAUCACAAGGUCCCUGGUUGCCCGGGGCAACUGCUUUCAGUCGUCGCGGGAUUGGUGCAGGAGAAGAUGGGCGGGUCUUCAGGCGCGCUGUACAGUCUGUUCCUGACCGCAGCGGCUGGUCACCUGACCGAGGGGCGGGGCAGCGCCGCAGCCUGGGCCGCCGCAGUGCAUGCUGGGACGCAAGCCAUGAGAAGGUACGGAGGUGCCGACCCCGGAGACCGGACCAUGCUGGAUGCUCUGUGUCCUGCAGCGGACGAGCUGAUGAAGCUGACCACAGCUCCGCCUGCUGGGCGGAUGGCGGUACUACAAGCUGCUGCACAGAGAGCAGCCUCGGGGGCGGAGGCCACACGCGACCUCACGGCCAGAGCCGGCAGAGCCAGCUACAUCGCCGCUGAGCGGGUGACCCUCCCCGACCCCGGCGCCACGGCCGUCGCCGCCGUCUUCAGAGCCGUAGCAGAAGUGCUGGGGGAGAAGAAGUGAAGCUGGAACCAGGAUUUCAUUCACUGGUUGUAAAAAAACACUGGGCCUCAAUAAUGUUCACUUUAGAAACUCUGUAAGCACUUUUGAGAUUUUUGCGUAGAGAACUGAAACAUGUCAUCAACGUUCCAGACCCUCCUAGAUGGUUCCUGAUCGUCCUGAUCAUCUUUGCAGCAUCAAAGAGACUUUAAUUUGAUGCGUCACCUUUUAAUAAACAAAAAUAGACUGAAAUCGUGGGAUCCUACCUCCAGACUAACAUCAGGAGGAGGGGUCGGUUGUAAACUGGUGUUUUCUCUGGCUUUUAAAGCAAGAUAUCAGUUUGAAGCAGUAAAUCUAGGGGGGGGGUGUCAGCAAAAGUAAUUAAGGCCAAUGUCCCAUCAUGCAUUUCAACAGCAUCUUUUCCCUUCUUCUGCUGGUGUGUCUCAGAAGUGGGAAGGAAAACCCAGAUUUAAACUUUAGCUUUGUCACUAAAAGCAAAUCAGACGGUUAAAAAUUUACUGAGGACGUUAUUGGCUAACGUUUAUAAGAUGAAGCAGAGCCAAAGUGAAAGGUUUCCGUUGGUUGUCAGAGCUGAAAAAUCCACGUUUGAGUAGUGAAAAUGUAUGUAGUAUUGAGUGAAUGCAUCAGAGAUCUGACUGGUUCUGGUGUUUUUACCUGAGUUGAAGUUCUGAUUUCAGAAUUUUCUUUUCAUUUCAUUUUCAUUUCAUUUCAUUUCCAGAAAUGACUGAUUUUUGUCAAUUAAAGUGCUGCUAACGCUGUAUUACAAUUAUUUUUUCCUCUUUGAUGUUCUGCAGAGCAUCAAACAAUAAUUAAAUUCACUUUGUUGAGCUCAUCAA